CGGAUGAAUAAGGAGAACAUCUUCACGCGGCUGCACCAGCAGCUCCCGCGCCGCCUCCAGCCAACGCUGCAGCCUCACCCGAGCCCGCGCCGGAAGCCCCGAUCGCGGUCCGCCGUCGUCCAUGACGCGCCGCCGCCAUCGCCCAUGAUGCACACGCCCCAUGCCACGCUUGAAGGUGAUCCGAACGAUCCGCACACGUUGCUGCGUGGCGUCUUCCUCUUCUACUGCCGCUUUGGGCGCACGGGCACGUCCGAGACGACCAUGGAUGGCACCAACUUUGCCAAGUUUUGCCGCGAGUGCCCCAGCCUCAUUGGUGCCCGCUUCGCCAACGUCGACAUCGACAUCACGUUCGCCAAAGUCAAGCCGAAAGGCGAGCGCCGCAUCUCGUACGCGCUCUUCCUCGAGGCCCUCGGCACGGUCGCGCUGAAGCGGUACCCCGACCUCUCGCUCGAGAGCGCGCUGCCACGUCUGCUCAAGGUCAACAUUGCAAUGCUGCCGUGCGUGGUCGACACGCAGACAGGCUCGCCGGUCAAGGCCGUGUGGCGCCGACGCCAGCUACCGCCCGAACACAGCGACUCGACGUCGGACGCAGGCGACCCCGAGGUAGAAAGGCAAGGCGACCCCGAGAUGGAGGCCAACAACGACCCAUACGAGCUCGCAACGCUGCCACCGCCGAUUCCGCAGCGCCGCCGCACCUUUAGCAGCGCACCCGAUUUAUGA